AUGAAUUCACCUAUGAAAAGACCUUUACGUGUGAUUUUACAAAUUUUUGGUGUUGCAUUAGCUAUAUGUGGCUUUUCCUUUGGAGUACAUUCUGUUCGUACACCAUCAUGGCUUCAUUUUAGACAUGCUCAUGCUAUCAUUGGUAUUAUAACAUUUAUAUUAACAUUAAUUCAAUUCCUUGUUGGAUUAACUGGUGUUUGUCUCAUUGCAAGAAGUUCGAAAAAACAUGCAAUUCUUCGUGAAUCAAGUUAUAAAAUAAGUCAAGAAGAAAUUAAUCAAGAUACAUGGGUUGGCAAACGUUCAUGGAGUAUUAUUCAUCGCAUACUAGGAGCAAUCGUAUUGUCACUUGGAUUUGUCAACAUAUCAUUGGGUGUUUUUCUUGCUGUAUUACCAUUACCUGUUUGGAUUGUUUGGUUUGUGUAUAUGAGUCUCCUUGUAAUUAUUCUCGUCAUAAUGGAAAUCUAUAAACUUCUAAAAGAUUCUGGCACUCAUAAAACAGGUUCAUUUAAAUCUAAAGAACGUUAUGAUCCCAGAGGUACAUCGCAGGCUUCCUUAAAAUAUUCAGAAGAACCAACUGAACGACAACCAUCCACAAUAACACCGACACCACGUCGUAGCUUUAGCCGAGUUCCUCCACCUAAUUCAUCAACACGCGAUAGUUUUGUAUACAGACCAAUCGAUGGUAGUCGUAGUCAUGUAACUACUCUUGACGACAUGUCACCACUCGGGUCUAAUCAAAUUCAACAACGGCAAAGUCGAUUUGGUGAUGUUAACGCAUCAGCUAGCCUUCCGGAACGUAAUCGACAAGAUGAUAAACAAUAUACAGUAUCACCAAGAAAAAAGAGUAGAGCAGCGGAAAGAGAUGAUGUUGGAUAUUAUGCUGGUCAAACGCAAGACUAUGAACAACCAUUGGCCAGCAAAGCGAGCACAAUCUCACUCGAAUUCGGCUCCAAUAAACAUUGGAAUGCGCCGAAUUCUCAUUAUCGUAUUCCAGCCAAGCUUCUUCAUCCACAAUUAAUUCAGGCAGAUUUCCAAUUUAUCGAUGAAAUUGAUGAAGAAAAUUUUCCACUAUGUCAGAAAUGA